AUGCAACAAAAACGAGGUAUCGCUCGUCAGAUGGGUGAUCGUCGCCCACCCGUAUAUAGCCAACCCAACUCCCCAGUAUCCAAAACCACACGGGCCAUCGUGAUGGAUGAGCUGGACUGGUUGCAGCUCCUAAAAUGUGAGCGUUUUGGUGGCGAACGACACGGGCGGGAAUCCGAUUUUGAAAGGUGCUGUGGUGUUAUCGACAUUUUUAUGAGAUCGUAUCGUCGUUCUGAGAUAAGGCAGUUUCCACCAAUUGGACUUUCUUAUGAUCCUAUAGUGAACUUAUGGAAUGAGUCUGUCGAACAUUCCCAUCAAACGACAGGUGUCAAUACAAUGCAAAACCAGAGACUAACAUCUGCCCGAUGCGUCCUCAUGUCACCUAUUAUUACUGGGACUGCGAUCAUCCAGGGCCUGAAAUGGUCCGGGAACACGAUUCUCCUACUUACAGAAAAAGAAAAAAUGAUUCAGGAGACCACUUUGUUCACCCGGGAGUGCAAAAAGAGCGCCAGAUUUUCAUCGUCUGCCGUUGAGAUUUCCGCAGAGCCUGAAACAGGUAGAUAUGGAGUUAAAUCGAUGGGAAAACGCUCGCCCGUCGGUGGACAGUAG